ACCACAUCCAUGACAGGAAACUAGAAUAAAUAUAUAAAAUGAACGACUGUAAGCGGUUUGAAGCAAAUAUUUUCAAUAAUGGAAAAUGCAAGAUUUGCUAUAAAUCCAAACAGAAUCAUUCAUCAGAAUCAAUUGAAAAUGCAAAGAUGAAUCGAAAAGUGACAGCAUGCGGAUUCCUGUAUGUUGCUCCACCGAAUCUCGACUUUUCAAUGCAAAGCCAUUCGGCAAAACGAUGGCAACGAAGAUGGUUCACAUUAUUUGAUUCUGGAGAUUUGACUUAUGCAAUUGAUAAUAGUAUGGAUACCCUUCCCCAAUUAAGUAUCGAUAUGUCACUGUGCUAUCGAGUAAGUGAAGCUCAUGCAAUAACUGGAAAUGCUCAUUCAAUACUUCUUGCAUUCAAUAAGACACGAGAAGAUCAGCCAUCAAUUAUUUAUAUAAAAGCUGAUACUACAGAAGAAAUCAGAUGGUGGCAGAAUGGAUUAAGCAAGUAUGCAAAUUCACAGAAUAUUACGAUUCGACCACCAAGAAGAGGAAUUGAUGAGCUUCCGAUGAGUGAAGAUAUAAUGAAAGAUGUACCAUCUUGCACAUCAUCUCGUUGUUCAUCUCCAGUUGAAAGAUUAGAAGUUGAUCGAAUGAUUGAAGGAAAAGAACUACGUGGAUCCGUUCGAAGUGUUAAACAACGAAGUAUUCGAGAUGAGAAAAAAGAUUUCGAAGAUCCAAUUGUAGCUCCAUCAGUUCUGCCAGCUACCUCAAAUGUUCUUAUAAAUGUGCCAGUUGACACGUGUCCAGUAUCCCCGUCUUGUCAAGAAGAACCAACUCCAACAAGUACAACGAAUUCAGCAACUACGCCAACAAUCUCAACAACUCCAACUCAAAAAUUAAAUAUUGAUAUGUCAAAUGUACAUACACUACGAAAAGGUUGGCUAAUGCUACGUGGAAAAUCGGAUAAUGAUUGGUGCAAGCAUUGGGUUGUGUUGGCUGGACUUCAAUUAAAACUAUAUAAAGAUGUUUGGGCUGAAGAUUCAACUGAACCAUUGUUAACUGUGGAUUUGUCACAAUGUGAAAAUGUAUAUCCAUCUGCCAGUGCAAGGAAUUAUGGAAUUGAAAUCAAGUGCCGCCGUACCCGAUACGUCCUUUCUGCAAUGACGCCUGGAAUUCGUGACUCUUGGGUUUCCGCUCUUCAACAAAACCGUCAUCAUCCGUCUCCAACAUUUACUGAGACAUUUUCAAAUGACGCGAACAGUUUGGCUGAUAGUUCUGAUAUUCUGGGACUUCCUGUGAAAAAGAAGCACAUUGCUUAUGUUGCUCCAGAAUCCCAUCAUUCAAAUUCCAUGAUGGAUGAGCACAGUUCAACAGAGCUCGAAGAUGACGAAGGAGGUCAUAACACAAAUACUGCAAGAAGGCGAAGAAGUCGUAGAAUGGGAAGUAGAACAUCUGAAAGUGCUGAUCCACGUGGAAGAGGACGCGGAGAAAGUUUGUCACCUUCUGUCAGGAGAAGUCCAGUUGCAAGAGUGAAAGAACGAAGAGCUGAUAUUAGGCAAAGGCAUGCGUCCAAUUCUUCUGCCGCAUCCCACCAAGAGAAACCAAGUAGGGAAGAAAUACAGAGACAAAUUGGAACUGCAAGCAGGAUAAGUAGUGAUGAGACACGAUUGAGAUCACUUGAACAACAGGUUGACAAUUUGAGAACUCAAUUGGAUGCUGCUAAAGAUGAUUCAGCACGACGAAAACGUGAUGCUAUAAAUCAAGAAAUCAAAGAACUCAGAAUAACUUUGAAAUCUUCAGAAGAUGAGCUACACAGAUAUAGGAAAGAAGUUGAUACUUUGAGAAGACAGAUUAGCCAGAAUUCACAGACUGUAACUCUUCAACGUGCAGUUCUUUCAACUCUUCGAACUCAAUUAUCUGCUCUUUCUUCACUUCUUCGUUCAAGCCUUUUCCUUGGAGCAGUUGAUCUUUUUGAUUCUCUUGAUAACAUUUUGGAUCGAAUUUCUGUUGAUUUGAAUCUUGAACAAACGGAAGACGUGCUACGAAAAACAGCUGAACUCUUUGAGAAAGUAUCAUCAGCAGUCACAAUUCCAUAUCUUUCUGAUUCUUGGACUAUGACUGAACCAGAAAAAGAGCCAAGAGAGAGGACACCGGAAGACGUAGUUGAAGAGACAAUCAGAGAAAUCAGAAGGAAUCAUACAUCGGAAGUUGAAUCAAUCAAAUCACAAUGUGAACAAAGACUUGCUGUUCUGAAAGAACGUGCUGAAAGAGAAGAAGGACGACGAAAAAAAUUACAAGAACAACUUGUUAUGGCAUCAACCAGAAGUGAUGAAUCAAUUAGUUCUGUAAAAACUUCAUUCUCACAAAUGCUCGCAGAGCAGAGAAAAACAUUUGAUGAAGAGUUGGAUUGUGUAAAAAAGGAACAUGAAGAGAGGUUAAUGGAGGAGAAACAUGCAACAAGAUUAGCUUUAGAAGCAGUCAGAAGAGCACAUGAAGAAGAAUUAAAGAAUGUGGCAGAGAAGAAUAAAACUGGAGAAGGAAAUCAUAUUGGAAGACAGAGUGAAAUCUUCGAUGAAAUGCGUGAGGAACUUAUCAAUGUAUGUGCUCUCUAUUCUGCAAAAUGCUUGGAAAAUUCUCAACUCGACGAGCAACUUUCAAACUUGAUCAGCGAAAAGGAAGCCAGUGUUGAAUUAUCGAUCGAAAACGACAAACUUCGAUCGGAAAUUGAUAGAAAAUCGAAAGAAAUUGGAGAUCUUCAAAGAAAAAUGAACAAUUAUGAGAAAUUGAGUCAGUCGAGAACAGGUUCAUGUAGUAGUAUUUCUAUGCCACGACCCCGAAGUGUUAGCCGGUACGACAGUCUCGCGCGCUCGUCGAGAAAAGCAGAAGAAAAGAAAUCGUCGCCAUGAUGUUCGUUUCCACAGUAAUCCCGUUGAAAUUCCACAAAACCUUAUCGAAGACGCCCGUCGAGCUCUCGAUGUUCCAGUUUCUGAACGACGGAAAUUUUUCGAGCAUAUUGCAGAGUACAGUACUCCCUUUUAGAUGUCUUUUAGUUGUUUCCUAACCCAAUUUUAAGUUUUAUUCGAUCAAAUCGUGUUUCUUCCCCAUCCUUUGUUGUAGUCAAUUACUAAUAUUUGAAUUCGCUCUCACUCCGGCUAACCAUAAUUUAUCUGUGAUAUUCGUGUAUUUUCUUCUUUUCUUAUAAUUUUUCAAUUGUUCUACUUGUUUCUAGAAAAUGUUUGUAUGUCUGGUGCUCAUAUGAAACGAUCGAGUACAAAUUAUAAAUU